UCCAGAUACCUGAUUAUGGAGUCACGAUUUGCUAACCUGCGGCAGCGGGACACCAGUGUGUCGAUGCUUAGGGUAAAAAUGUCUCGGAGAAGGUCUCAUUCCCAGAAGGAGAAUCGAGAACGUACCGUGAACACCCGCAGGCAGCUGGAUAAACUCCAAGAGCUGGAAAUAUCCUCCCUGGAUGCCUCUAUUGCAGUGGCCAAUAUGUCAAUCAUACAUGAGAAGACGAAAAACAAUGGAAAACCUGCUAAAGGAAAAGCAGUGGAAGAUAGGCUGAAACAGCUCGAGCGCUGGAAGGAGCGGAAGGCUCUUGAGAAGGAGAAAGAGAAGAGGGAAAGGGAACGUAAAGGGGUGUUUAAGAUUGGUCUGUAUCAUCCAACGGGAACCAUUACCUCACUACCUGCUGUCCCAGAUGCCUCAACAAAAAUCAAAGAGAAAAAGGUGAACACAGCUCCAUCCCAAAGUAUUAGAGUCACUCGUUCAAUGAAACCGCAGCAGCAAGUGCAGAAGCCUCUGAAGAUACAAGAUCCAAAUACUGGAGUGAAGAAGGGACAACCUGCUGUGGAAAGAUCAACAAGGACCCGGGUAGCUUCUGUCAAGCCUGCAUCAACUACAACCAAGACCAAAGAAGCACCUGCCAUACGAGCUUUGUCAACCAGAUCGGCCAACAGACCUCCAGUUCCUGUGGUAAAAGGCAAACCUAAGGACAAGACUGCAGUGUCCGAUGCAAGAACCACAAGGAGCCGAGCAAAUCUUAAUCCUGUGGCUCCCCUGUCUGGUGCACAAAGGAACUGUAAAGAAGCAGUCAAUGAUGCCAUCCAUCAUGCUGUCUCAGAGGAACCUGAGCUGACAGAGCCUGAGAUGCAGGACAUUGAGAAAACACCUAGUCCUCCCAGCCCAACACCAUGUGCUGAGGAAGAAGACAUGGUGGUGGAUCAGUCUCCAGCCAAGCCUGUUCCUGCCGAUCUCGUCCCAUCUACAUCCUCAUUUGCUCCAGAAGGUUUUCUCUUCCAGGCUCCGACUGGCUUGUCAUCCUUCAAGUUUGAGCCUCUCACACCUCGUUCAGCAGACUCCUUCCUUACACCAAGCUCAAGCUUCAACCUUCCACCAGCCCCCGUAUUCAGUGAUGAGCAGAGCGAAUCGUGUCCACCUAAAUCUCCUCUGCGCUCUCCUCCUCAUACGUCUCCCACAGUUGCCCCUCCAAGUCCAGGUGGAUCAGUGGAAACAAAGCACGACGUACCAUAUUUCAGAUCAGAAAUGGCCAAUGAGACAGAGAGACUGACGAGCUUGUCUCUCCACUGGGAGUCUAAAGUGGAGGAUGAGUCCAUCCCAGAAGAAAUGAGAGAUCGCAUGCGCACAGCUGUUGGCCAAGCACGGCUGUUGAUGAAAGAACGCUUCAACCAAUUCAGCGGUCUGGUGGACGACUGUGAGCUAGGCCGGGGGGAGAAGAUCACCACCUGCACUGACCUGCAGGGGUUCUGGGACAUGGUUUAUUACCAGGUCGAGGAUGUCAACAAGAAGUUUGACGCUCUCAAAGAAGCAGAGGGCCGAGGCUGGGUGGAGGAGCACAAACCUCCACCACGACAGAAGAAAGUAGUGAAGAAACAGCCAGCAGCACCUGCCAAGCCAGCAGGAACUAAUGCAGCAGCUAAGGCUCGUCUAGCUGCCGCAAAAGCAGCCAUGAAAGCCAAAAAGCAGGCAGCUGAAGCAGAGAAGGCAGCUGGUGCUGCUAACACUGAAGAUGGCCUCGUCUUGAGCUCUCAGAAUCCACACCCACAGGCAGGGGCCCAAAAACAGGACACAGUGGUCUUUGAUGGAGGCUUUUUCCAGGUGGAGAGCCCAGCUAAACAAUCAGUUAGGAGAUCCAGCCAUUUGAAUGCUGCUGUGCUGCCUGGGGUCUCUCCUUGCUCCACAUAUCUCUCACCUAGAAGGGUCACCCGGCGCUCCCUUGCGUUGGCUCAGACACCUGUUCAACAUGUCCACACACCCGCACACCUCCGCCUCACCCUCAGACAAACCCCAGAACCAAAGUCUCAGUGCGGCACUCCUCAGGCGACCCACAGCAGAAGGGACACUGUGAACAUCUCUAUGGAUUUCUCACCUGUCAAGGAAGUGAUUUCAGAUGACACCCAAACUGACGGAUGCCCUGCACAAGUGUCAGAAAAAGUCUCCACAGACAUUCCCUCUGUUCCACAACUGCUUCCAGCAAUCUGUUUAGUCAAGGAGCUGGACGAGCCAGCCGAGGAUGUAACUGUUGACGGUCCUGUCAGUCCAGCAGUUCCAGUCUCUCUGUGCAAACAACCUGCCGUGUCCCCAGCCCCUGAGCCCUCAUCAGCCCUGAGCUUUACACUGUCGCCCUGUGCAACUCCCAGCCAACCUUCAGUCUCCUCACCUGCUGUGCAAGGCCUCGUGGAGACUCUGUGUCACACACCAGACAGCACAGUCGUUGAGGAAAUUUCUGGACUGGAUUUUGAGAGAUACCUCCAGCCCUCAGACAGAUGCAGCCUGACACCAAGGGACACUGUUGCAACAGAGACGCUGUCACCCAUGGCAGUGGAUGUAGAGAUGGAGAGUCCUAAAAGACAACCUACGGACUUUCUCACUGAGAAAGAGUCUGCACUGCCAGCGGUGUCUUCGGUGUUAACUCCUCACUCACGACAGGUACAGACAGCAGAGUCUGCCUUGCUUCUGUUCACCCCAGACCUGAAGGACAAGAUACGCCAGUCAGUCUGUCCGAGUGACCUCAUGGUCUUCACCCCUCCUAACAUUUAGUAAAGACUUGUUUUGUUUUAUUUUUGACUUGUUUUAGUAACUUUUUACACUGUUUUUUAUAUUAAAAAAAGAUUUUUGACGUUCGUAGAUGAGUAGAAAAGUUUUUUCACACAAAGUUCUAAUUAAAGUUUUGGUUACAACCAAUAAAGAACCC